UUUCAGUUGCUCGAGCGCAGUCAGCCGCGCGGACGUUUUUUGCUAUUCGCGGCGCGAGUCUCCUCGGCCCGCCAACUGCUGCCGCGCGCCCCUUGGCAGGGAUGGCACUUAAGGACUACGCGCUCGAGAAAGAAAAGGCUAAGAAGUUCCUACAAGAGUUUUACCACGACGAGGAAUCUGGCAAGAAGCUGUUUAAGUAUGGGAACCAGUUGGUUCAGCUGGCUCAUCGGGAACAAGUGGCACUGUAUGUGGACCUGGAUGAUAUAGCGGAGGAUGACCCUGAGUUGGUGGACUCGAUUUGUGAGAACGCUAAGCGUUAUGCGAGGCUUUUUGCUGAUGCCGUACAAGAGCUGCUGCCUCAGUACAAGGAGAGGGAGGUGGUAAAUAAAGAUGUCUUGGAUGUUUACAUUGAGCAUCGGCUGAUGAUGGAACAGCGGGGCCGGGACCCUGCAGCUGCCCGCAGCCCCCAGAACCAGUAUCCUCCUGAACUCAUGCGCAGAUUUGAGUUGUACUUCCAGGGCCCAAGCAGCAGCAAGCCUCGUGUGAUCCGGGAAGUACGGGCUGACUCGGUGGGGAAGUUGGUAACUGUGCGUGGGAUCGUUACUCGUGUCUCUGAAGUCAAACCCAGGAUGGUGGUGGCCACCUACACUUGUGAUCAGUGCGGGGCAGAGACCUACCAGCCGAUUCAGUCUCCAACUUUCAUGCCUCUGAUCAUGUGCCCAAGCCAAGAGUGCCAAACCAACCGCUCCGGAGGGCGGCUGUAUCUGCAGACACGUGGCUCCAAAUUCAUCAAAUUCCAAGAGAUGAAGAUGCAGGAGCAUAGUGACCAAGUUCCUGUGGGAAAUAUCCCCCGAAGCAUCACAGUGUUGGUUGAAGGAGAGAACACAAGGAUUGCCCAGCCUGGAGACCACAUCAGUGUCACUGGUAUAUUUCUGCCAAUCCUGCGUACUGGGUUCCGACAGGUGGUACAGGGCUUACUCUCAGAGACUUACCUGGAAGCCCAUCGGGUUGUGAAGAUGAAUAAGAGUGAGGAUGGUGAGGCCGGGGCUGGAGAGCUAAGCAGGGAGGAGCUGAGGCAGAUUGCAGAAGAGGACUUCUAUGAAAAGUUGGCAGCCUCCAUCGCCCCAGAGAUAUAUGGACAUGAAGAUGUGAAGAAGGCACUUUUGCUCCUGCUGGUGGGAGGUGUAGACCAGUCCCCUCGAGGCAUGAAGAUCAGAGGCAACAUCAACAUCUGCCUGAUGGGGGAUCCUGGUGUGGCCAAGUCUCAGCUCCUGUCUUAUAUUGAUCGCCUGGCACCCCGCAGCCAGUACACAACAGGUCGGGGCUCCUCUGGAGUAGGGCUUACAGCAGCUGUGCUGAGAGACUCUGUCACUGGAGAGCUGACCUUGGAAGGCGGGGCCCUCGUGCUGGCUGACCAGGGUGUGUGCUGCAUCGAUGAGUUUGACAAGAUGGCCGAGGCUGACCGCACAGCCAUCCAUGAGGUUAUGGAGCAGCAAACGAUAUCCAUUGCCAAGGCGGGCAUUCUCACCACUCUCAACGCACGCUGUUCCAUCUUAGCUGCCGCCAAUCCUGCUUAUGGGCGCUAUAACCCUCGCCGUAGCUUGGAGCAAAACAUACAGCUUCCUGCUGCACUCCUCUCCCGAUUUGACCUCCUCUGGCUAAUCCAGGACCGGCCUGACCGAGACAAUGAUCUACGGUUGGCCCAGCACAUCACCUAUGUGCACCAGCACAGCCGGCAGCCCCCAGCACAGUUUGAACCUUUGGAUAUGAAGCUUAUGAGACGUUACGUAGCUAUGUGUCGGGAGAAGCAGCCCACAGUGCCGGAGUCUCUGGCUGACUAUAUCACAGCCGCAUAUGUGGAGAUGAGGCGAGAGGCUUGGGCUAGUAAGGAUGCCACCUAUACUUCGGCCCGGACCCUGCUGGCUAUUCUGCGGCUUUCUACAGCUCUGGCACGACUGCGAAUGGUAGACACUGUGGAGAAGGAAGAUGUGAAUGAAGCCAUAAGGCUAAUGGAGAUGUCAAAGGACUCGCUUCUAGGCGACAAGGGGCAAACAACUAGGACCCAGAGACCAACAGAUGUGAUCUUUGCCACUAUCCGUGAGUUGGCCUCAGAUGGCAGAAGCAUCCGGUUUUCUGAGGCAGAGCAGCGCUGCAUAUCCCGAGGCUUCACACCUGCACAAUUCCAGGCGGCGCUAGAUGAGUAUGAGGAGUUAAACGUCUGGCAGGUCAACACUGCCCGGACACGGAUCACUUUCGUGUGAUUCCAACCUUCUUGAGACAUUGGGGUCUACUCUGCAUACCAUGCUAGCCUCCUCCUCUAAAAGGCUGAAUGAUGCCCUUGAGGGGAAAGGAGAAGUAGCCCCUUUCUCCAGUGCUGUACUUGGUUGGUUUUACUCCUUUUGCUAAUAAAAAUUGUUUACAGAUCACCACCUCCUAA